AUGGGGGAAGGGGUGUGGCAAGUUGGAAACAGAGUGUACACAAGGGGUGGGGAAGAUGUGAGAAAUUCAUGUGCACGUCUUCAUGAUGAAGUCAUGGGAAGUCCUUGCGCUGUCUCCUCCACGAGCCACUCCCUCCACAGGGCCAGGGGAAGAACUCAGCGCACGUCACCCGGCCACGUGCCAGAUGCGCACCGAGCCGUCGCUGGAGCAGGAAGCCAGGAGGAAGCUGCCUUCUUCCCCGUCAUCCCGCCGCCAGGCCAGUCGCCGCACCGGCCCGGCGUGCGUGGCGCGCUGCCAGACCACCUCCAGCGCGUUCCCGGACUGCACCCUGAAGCGCAGCACGCACAGCGUGCCGUCCUCGUGGCCGAGGGCCAGCAGGAAGCUGCCCUGCGCCAGCUCACCAGGGCAAAAGGCGAGCGCCCGCACCGCCGACCCCCUGCGCAGCUCCAGCGAUUUGGUGAGGGCCUCGCUUGA